AAAGGAAGGGGGGGGGGGAAUAGUAAAAUUAGAAAAUUAGAUUUUUUUGUUUCAUUAGAAAUAUUAUAGGUUUGCACCUGUGCUGUUGUAUUCUACAGACCCUGCAGCUGCUGGGGGUAAACUGUCAGGAUGGACAACAUAAGGAAAAAAAUGCAAAGCCUCAAGUAUGAGACGGAUGGAAUGAUAAAAAGUUCCGCUGAAUCCGAGGAUGUUACGAAGGAAUAUAACCGCAGAUCUGAUCAGUGUGAUUGUGACAUCAGAGAUCUCACGAAGAAAAUUUCGAAACUCGAGUGUGCUUUUGAUGAAACACAUGAAAAGCUUCUUAAGGCCAGCACUGAUUUAGAGGUGAAGGAGAAGGAGAUGAAGGAGAAGGAAGAAGAUCUUUCUACACUCUCCAGGAGGAUCAUUCUCAUGGAGGAGGAGGUGAAAAAGUCCGAGGAUAAGCUUGCAAAGACGACUCUAGACCUGGGACUGGAGAGUAAGCGAGCUGACAGAAUACUAAAGACAGUCAAUACUCUGAACUCAAGAUCAAUGAGCAAUGAGAUGGAGAUUGAGCAGAUGAACAUGCAGGAGAAGGAGGCCAAGGCUAUGUGGCAGGAUGCGGACAAGAAGUAUGACGAGAUCAGCCGUAGACUUGGGGUCAUGGAGGAGGAACUAAGGAAAGCUGUGGAAAGAGUUGAAAACUCAGAUAAAAGGGUGAGAAUAUAAAAAUGUACAGCUGGGUGGUUUUUAUAAAGUUUG